GGAAGACCCCCAGACUGGCAAGAUUUUGUAGGUAUCAUUACUUUGCUUGUCAUCAACUCUACCAUUAGUUAUAUUGAAGAAAACAAUGCCGGAAAUGCUGCUGCUGCGCUUAUGGCCGGUUUGGCUCCUAAGACCAAGGUGCUUAGAGAUGGACGAUGGAGCGAACAAGAGGCUGAAAUUCUGGUACCGGGAGAUAUCAUAAGCAUCAAGCUAGGAGAUAUAGUUCCUGCUGAUGCUCGUCUAUUAGAAGGCGACCCUUUAAAGAUCGAUCAGUCUGCUCUUACGGGUGAAUCUUUACCUGUAAAUAAGAGCCCAGGCGAUGAAGUUUUCUCAGGAUCUACUUGUAAGCAAGGUGAGAUCGAGGCUGUUGUUAUUGCCACUGGUGUUCACACGUUCUUUGGAAAAGCUGCUCACCUUGUCGACAGCACCAACCAAGUCGGGCACUUUCAGAAGGUGUUGACAGCGAUUGGAAAUUUCUGCAUAAUAUCGAUUGCAGUAGGAAUGUUAAUUGAGCUUAUAGUGAUGUACCCGAUUCAGCAAAGGAGGUAUAGAGAUGGAAUUGACAAUCUGUUAGUGUUGUUGAUUGGUGGGAUUCCGAUUGCUAUGCCAACAGUUUUGUCGGUGACUAUGGCAAUUGGGUCUCAUCGUUUGUCGCAGCAGGGUGCCAUCACUAAGAGAAUGACCGCCAUUGAGGAAAUGGCGGGCAUGGAUGUUCUUUGUAGUGAUAAGACAGGAACGCUUACGCUCAACAAACUCACAGUCGACAAGAGCAUGGUUGAGAUUUUUACGACUGAUGUAGAUAAGGAUACUGCAAUCCUAUUGGCAGCAAGGGCUUCCCGGGUUGAAAACCAGGAUGCUAUAGAUACUUGUAUUGUAGGGAUGUUGGCUGAUCCUAAGGAAGCAAGAGCGGGGAUCAAAGAAGUGCACUUUCUUCCAUUUAAUCCGGUUGAAAAGCGUACAGCUAUAACUUACAUAGAUUCCGAGGAGAACUGGCAUAGGGUUAGCAAGGGUGCUCCCGAGCAGAUAAUUGAGCUCUGCAAUCUUAGUCCUGAUGUACGGAACAAAGCGCAUGCGAUCAUUGAUAAGUUUGCUGAUAGAGGUCUUCGGUCCCUUGGCGUUGCUAGACAGGAAAUCCCCGAGAAGAGUAAGGAUAGCCCGGGGGGACCAUGGGUGUUCGUUGCUUUAUUGCCUUUAUUUGAUCCUCCAAGACACGAUAGUGCUGAAACUAUAAGGCGUGCACUAAGUCUUGGUGUUAAUGUUAAGAUGAUCACCGGUGACCAACUGGCCAUUGGUAAGGAAACGGGUCGUAGGCUUGGUAUGGGUACAAAUAUGUACCCUUCAUCUUCCUUAUUAGGCCAAAAUAAGGACGAGAGCAUUGCUUCCGUUCCUGUUGAGGAGCUCAUUGAGAAGGCGGAUGGUUUUGCUGGGGUCUUCCCUGAACACAAGUACGAGAUUGUAAAGAAACUACAAGACAGGAAGCAUAUUUGUGGCAUGACAGGAGACGGAGUGAAUGAUGCUCCGGCCUUAAAGAGGGCAGACAUUGGUGUAGCAGUUGAUGAUGCAACUGAUGCAGCUAGAAGUGCUUCCGACAUUGUGCUGACUGAGCCAGGGCUAAGUGUGAUCAUCAGUGCGGUCUUGACUAGCCGAGCCAUUUUCCAAAGAAUGAAGAAUUAUACUAUAUACGCAGUUUCCAUUACCAUUCGUAUUGUGAUGGGAUUCAUGCUCAUCGCUCUCAUUUGGAAAUUCGACUUCGCUCCCUUCAUGGUUCUUAUCAUUGCCAUACUUAAUGAUGGAACCAUAAUGACCAUCUCCAAGGAUCGAGUCAAGCCUUCUCCUACCCCCGACUCUUGGAAGCUCAAGGAGAUCUUUGCCACUGGAGUUGUUCUUGGCACCUACCUCGCUCUCAUGACCGUCCUUUUCUUCUGGGCUGCUCAUGACACCGAUUUCUUUUCCGAUCACUUUAACGUAAGAUCGAUCAGAUUGAGUGACAAGGAGCUAAUGGCUGCCUUGUACCUUCAAGUGAGUAUAAUAAGUCAAGCACUGAUUUUCGUUACUCGCUCAAGAGGCUUCUCGUUCCUAGAACGUCCUGGACUCAUGCUUGUCGGUGCCUUCUUCAUGGCACAACUGAUUGCCACACUAAUUGCUGUCUACGCGAACUGGGGAUUUGCGCGUAUUAAGGGUAUCGGAUGGGGAUGGGCUGCAGUGAUCUGGCUCUAUAGUAUUGUCACAUACAUCCCCUUAGAUAUCUUGAAGUUCAUAAUCAGGUAUUCCUUGACGGGUAAAGCUUGGAAUAAUCUGCUCGAAAGGAAGACCGCGUUCACAAGCAAGAAGGACUAUGGAAAAGGCGAGAGAGAAGCACAAUGGGCAGCUGCACAACGUACUCUUCAUGGCCUGCAGCCGCCAGAAAGUUCAGACUUGCUCGCUGACAAGGGCAGCUACCGAGAGUUGUCUGAAAUCGCUGAGCAGGCUAAGAGACGGGCUGAAAUUGCCCGAUUGAGGGAACUUCAUACACUAAAAGGGCAUGUAGAACAAGUUGUGAAGCUUAAGGGGAUUGACCUAGAGUUGUAUAACCAACAUUACACUGUCUAAAUCAGUAGAAAAUUGUUAAACACAAGUCCUACUCCAAUAUUUGGCAUCAGGAAAUGGUAAAAAACAACAGUAAGAAAGAAUCAAGUGUAAGAUUUUGGUGCAAACUUAAU